GGUGGAAUUGCAUUUCUGCCGCUAAAGCGUUCGCGGAGACUUCAAGGUAUAAUCUAUCCCAGAUCCUUUCCCAGAGAGAAACUUGGCGAUCACGUUUCCACAUGAUGCUCACGUUUGGUGCUCUCCAAUUAUCCCUCCCCACAAAGAUAGGUGGCGUGUGUUGCAGGGUCUCUCCUCUCGCUCGUACAGAAAAGAAAAAGAAGAAAAUGUCAUUAGAAGAGGCGUAACACGUCAGUCCGUCCCCAGGUUUGUGUUUCCUGGAGUGGCAGAAAGAGAUCAGUCCUAACCUGCCCAGCAGGAAUAACGGUCCUUCCGACAACUCUUUGCAAGGCUUUUUACAAUUUCUCCAGGAGCUGCAUCUCCCUUCACCUUUUCUCCUCCACUUCGCGGCUUCUUCAUGCUUUUUCUUCUCACCAUUUCUGGCCAAAACUACAAACAAGACUUCGCAGAGCCUGCGUGCUGCUGCUGCCGCUGCUGCUGCUGCUGCUGCUGCUGAAUCAGGGAGUCGAGCCCAUGCGAACUGCCAUCUGAUCCACUCUUAUCAAUGAAGCAGCAGAUCAUGGCGGAUGGCCCCAGGUGUAAGAGGCGAAAACAAGCCAACCCCCGGAGGAAAAACGUAGUGAACUAUGAAAAUGUAGUGGAAACGGGUUCAGAAACAGAUGAGGAGGACAAGCUACACAUUGCUGAGGACGAGAGUGCUAUCAACACGCUGGACCAGGAAACUAGUCCAGCCAGUGUGCCCAACCAUGAGUCUUCCCCACAUGUGAGCCAAGCAACGUUGCCCAGAGAGGAAGAGGAAGAUGAAAUGAGGGAAAGCGGAGUCGAUCACACCUGGCACAACAAUGAGAUCCUGCAAGCCUCUGUAGAUGGUCAAGAAGAAAUGAAGGAAGAUUAUGACACUAUGGGGCCUGAAGCCACAAUUCAGACCACCGGAAACAAUGGUACAGUUAAGAAUGCAAAUUGCACGUCGGACUUUGAGGAAUAUUUUGCCAAAAGGAAACUGGAGGAAGGAGAUGGGCAUGCAGUCAGCAUAGCAGAGUACCUGCAGCGCAGCGACACAGCCAUUAUUUACCCUGAAGCCCCCGAGGAACUGUCUCGCCUUGGCACUCCAGAGGCCAAUGGGCAAGAAGAAAAUGACCUGCCACCUGGAACUCCAGAUGCCUUCGCCCAACUGCUGACCUGCCCCUACUGCGACCGGGGCUACAAGCGCCUGACGUCCCUCAAGGAGCACAUCAAGUACCGCCACGAGAAGAACGAGGAGAACUUCUCGUGCCCUCUCUGUAACUACACGUUUGCCUACCGCACCCAGCUCGAGCGGCAUAUGGUGACACACAAGCCAGGGACAGAUCAGCACCAAAUGCUGACCCAAGGAGCAGGGAAUCGCAAGUUCAAAUGCACUGAGUGUGGCAAGGCCUUCAAAUAUAAACACCAUCUGAAGGAACACCUGCGAAUUCACAGUGGUGAAAAACCGUAUGAGUGUCCCAACUGCAAGAAACGUUUCUCCCAUUCUGGCUCCUACAGUUCGCACAUCAGCAGCAAGAAGUGUAUUGGUUUAAUCUCUGUAAACGGCAGAAUGAGAAACAACAUCAAGACGGGUUCUUCUCCUAAUUCUGUAUCUUCCUCUCCUACUAAUUCAGCCAUCACACAGCUGAGAAACAAGCUGGAGAAUGGCAAACCACUUAGUAUGUCUGAGCAAACAGGCCUACUGAAAAUUAAAACAGAACCACUAGAUUUCAAUGAGUACAAGGUUCUUAUGGCCUCACAUGGGUUUAGUGCAACUAGUCCUUUUAUGAAUGGUGGACUUGGAGCAACCAGCCCCUUAGGAGUUCACGCGUCUGCUCAAAGUCCAAUGCAGCACUUAGGUGUAGGGAUGGAAGCACCGUUGCUCGGGUUUCCUGCGGUAGGCAGCAAUUUAAGCGAGGUGCAGAAGGUCCUACAGAUUGUGGACAAUACGGUUUCCAGGCAGAAAAUGGACUGCAAGGCUGAAGAGAUCUCCAAGUUGAAGGUUUACCAUAUGAAGGAUUCAUGCUCUCAAGCCGAGGAACAAGGAGUUACCUCCCCCAAUAUUCCCUCCGUGGGUCUUCCAGUAGUAAGUCAUAAUGGUGCCACUAAAAGUAUUAUUGACUAUACAUUAGAGAAAGUUAAUGAAGCCAAAGCUUGCCUCCAGAGCUUGACCACAGACUCAAGGAGGCAGCUCAAUAACAUUAAAAAAGAGAAGCUGCGAACCCUAAUAGACCUGGUAACUGAAGACAAGAUGAUAGAGAACCACAACGUAUCCACUCCAUUUUCAUGCCAGUUCUGUAAAGAAAGCUUUCCUGGUCCCAUUCCGUUGCAUCAGCAUGAGCGUUACCUGUGUAAAAUGAACGAAGAAAUCAAGGCAGUCCUUCAGCCUCACGAGAACAUGGUUCCCAACAAACCUGGAGUGUUUGAUAAGCAAACCCUCUUGCUGUCAUCAGUACUUUCUGAGAAAGGAAUGACUAGCCCCAUCAACCCAUAUAAG